GGACGUCUUGGGCCUGGUGAAGUCAGAGCCAGAGCCUGGGUUUCCUUCGUCAGUGAGGCUUCUGGCGACGCUGCUCUACUCGUUGCUCGCUCGCGUCUUGAGUACGGGGGGACGUCGGAGCUUUUCUGGCUGCAUUGCAAGUGAUUGUUUAUUCAGCCUGGACGGAUUGUUUUGUCAGUCACAGCAGUUGUUUAUUUGUGAAUAGAACUGAACACUGGCAAUAUUUUUUUCAUUUCGAAGGAAGUAAAACAAAAUCGGAAUGUUUAUCGUUAUACGAUGCAUGACUGUCACCAGUGAAAACACAAAUCAUUCGUUAUUCAGCUGAAAAAAGGAAUAUACAUUGCCCAAUUAUAAACAAAACGAAAAAAAGAAAGGAAAUCCAAGAACUACCAGCAAAUAGAAAUACAAAUCAGAAUAGUGUGAACCUGACGGUGACUUCAACGGGCACGAUGCCAUGAUCCCGCCCGCCUCCUGAAGGUGCCCACCGACGGGUCGCACCAUGAGCGAGCAAGACAGCGAGCGCCGAGGCAACUGUCCUGCCGACGACAACAACAACAGCGACAGCGGAAGCGCAAGCAGCAAAGGCAGCAAGAUGGAGGAGAAGUACGGCCUCCGCCCCAGGACGAUCAUCAAGCGGCUGCAGCAGGAGCGGGUCCGGCAGGAGGUUCCCAAGAAACAGUCGAGGACCAAGUCGAGGCCGGCGCCGUUGUCGAAGUAUCGAAGAAAAACGGCAAAUGCCCGGGAACGUCACCGCAUGAGGGAGAUCAACAACGCCUUCGAAUCCCUGCGCAAAGUUCUCCCGGAGGCCAUGGAGUUCCAGACGAGCUCCUCGUCCAUGACCAAGAUCACGACCCUCCGUCUGGCUGUCAGCUACAUCAGGGCGCUGUCGAACGUGCUCGAAGACGAGGCUGAUACUGAUCUCGGGGCCCUGGAGAACAGCCUGCAGAGCUCCCUGCAGGAGACCAUACAUCACACGCUGCAAAACACCCUUCACAAGUCCAUGGAUCCGGCCGGGGGCAUGACGCACCUGCACUACCAGCAGUACGCCUACGGGCAGCAGUACGUUCCCCAGCUCUCCCAGGGAGCGGAUUACUGCUCGCCCUCGAGCACCACGUCGGCCUCCAGCUCGCCCUCCACCGUCCGAGGAUCCCUGAGCAGCACCAGCGACUUCGAGGAGCUGCUCUCCGACGACUCGGCUUUACUCGAAGACAACCUGGACGUGUUCCACGACAUCCCGACGCUGCCCGAGGCCGACCCUUUCGACAUUCUGCUCGGCGCGGAGAAAGGCGGCCUCGCCUUCACCGCGCACUUAUGCAGCUAAGGCCUACAUUCCCUCCGCCGGGCGGCUGAGCUGACAGGGAUGGAGAUUUUCUGCUCAUUAUCCGGAUGACGAGGUGACGGCGGCAUCAUGUGCGUGACUGAGGGAGUAAUCCGCCAAGAGUACAGCCACUUUCGCUGCAUGACUUAUAAGGACACGGGCUGGAAAUGUGCUGACGAGCAUUCAGCGGCGGCCCUCCUGAGCCGCCAUGACCAGCGCUGAAAUAGGUCACUGUGUUUCCCACGGGCAAGUCCUGUUUGGUCAAUAGCUUCCUAAUAAGGCCGGGCUUCGCACUGCAGGUGACAGUACAAUGUUUUGCCAGGCCACUAAAACAUUCUUAAUUGUCAUUUAUUUUUGCAGUCGUAGCAACAAAGGGUAAUAGAGCUCUCUAACACCAGACGCUGAAGGGCAGUCGACCCGUUCGACGCCUUCUGAAGUGACUGGAAGAUAAUGACAAUUGUAUAUUACAUUCAGCAUAUGAAAAAUACAAGAUGUAAGGACUUAUUUCCUGAACAAAGAUAUACCCGGUGUGUGUGUGUUUUUUCUUGCAACUUUGCACGAUCUUUCUAAUCCUGAAGUAAGAAGGAGAAAGAGAGAGAUAGAAACAAGUGAUGGUGUCUGAUUAGAUAAAGGAAAGCGGUUGUACCUAGUCAGCUCACAAUAGCCCGUGCGUUUGACGGAAGAGUUGAAAUCAUUUGGCAAAUAAUCAAGAACAAUGAUUCGAGAACGAGAGAAAACUUAUUCUGAAAGGAACGAUGCUAGUCUAGUGUAAUAAUGUGCCAUAAUGUAUGAACAAUGAUAAUUAAAAGAAGAAGAAAAAGAUAAUUUAGUGAUAAUCACUUGACAAACUUUAUGGUCUGAAAAUCAUGUGAUUCCUUGUGUACUUUCUAUUUAUUUAGUAAUUAAUUAUGUAAGAGUUUAAUGUACAAAAAUAUUGUGAAUACAUUCCUUUUAUAUUAGUAGUGUUUAU